AUGUGCCACUCAGCCGCUGGAGCGCACGAUGUCAUCGUAAAGCUGCACUGCGAUGGCGACGUGUCGUGUUUUGGCGUCGCUUUGAAUUGGAAUCUCAUGUUAACGACUACAACUUGUGCUCAAUCGUGUUCGUCGAUCUUUCAUAACGGGCAAAAUUACCAAAUAGAAAGAACCAUGCAUCAUCCCCAAGGUAAAAUGUUCUCGAACGUGAGACAUUUUAAAGCCCCUCGCAGACUUGCGCUUAUUAAAAUUAAAGAUGGUACCUUAACUUCGUUCGUCGGAUUACUAUCUAUGGAUAUAGAAUCUUUAGUGGGAACGCGUGUGAUAUCCACUAUUGCUGCAAAGUCAGCGUUCAAAGAGAAGAUUGUUAAAUAUUGCAUAUUCGGAUUAAAACGAACUGGCAGAGCAUAUGUGUGCACUGAAGGUGAUAGAAAGGAGAAUUGUUCAUUACAAGGGCUUCCCUUAUUUAAGGACAAACGAGUGAUCGCUUUAUCUGAAAAACAAAACCUGUGUAACAUUCAGAGAGCCUACAUAUCAGUGGGCUCCUUUAUCCCGUGGGUAAAUUCAGUUUUAAAAUACAGUAAAAUGAAGCCGACCUAUAAUAAAGCUAAAUAUCAUAGGAAGCCAAUUUUAAAACAGAAUAUUACUCAUAGCCGUUUUAUUGUAUCUAGACACAAAGAACACCAAAAGAGCCAAACUUCCAAAGAAUAUAACACAGAGCAUCAGCCGAUACUUAAUCAGUCUGGAAAAACGAGAAAAACCCCAAUUAGGCGAGUUAAAAUACCUAAAGCUAGGAAAUCAAGAGCAGUAUUAAUGUCCAGGGCAGCAACAGCUUACGGAAGAGAAACAACCUAUACAAUAAAUGCAUGCUCAAGAAAUAUAGAGACUUUGCCGAGAUGGCUAAAGAAUAAAAACAUAAAAAUGUCUCGCGGGCGGAAUGCAAAAUUUACUAUCGCAAAUUUACCAACAACGACAGCCAUUGUAUAUUCGUUUAAGUUUACUAUACCUAAAGGAAACGGCAACAUGAACGUAACAAAUUUAUUGGGUGCAUCAAGUAAAGGAGAAUGUUCAAUAAAGAGAACCACUGUGAAAAAGAUCAAACGAAUUCGUUCAAAGGAAAAGACCGUCCCUUGUCUGGCUCUCAACACGGAGCGGCUUUUCCGAACUACUAUAACCUCUAACAAAUUUUUAAUAAUAAAGAAUAUAUCAAACUCUUUUGCCCCAAGCCAUUUUUCUACAAUAACUGGUCCUAUCUCAUCAUCUACUGACAUGUCAAAACUAGAUUCAAAUGAUUAUCCUUUAGGUACAACGCCCAGUACAAUAAAUAAUGAUUACGACUCAAUUACGAGUUCUGCAUCAAAUAUCGCUAAUGGAAACACAGCUUUACCAUCAAAGACCGUGUCGCGCUUUCAGAUAGUAACGACGAAUGCUUUAGACUGGUUCAAGAAGCGACUCGAUGAUAGAUUGAAACAAGGAUCCCCGCCCGUACUUGUGCUGACCACUUCUAUAGUAACCAAAGAAUUCGUCGACUUAACUUAA